UGUGUGAAACGGAACAGAAGUGAAUUAAAUUGGAGUUGUCGUGUUCUCAAUAGCAAAGUAGCAUUCAACCGGCCUAUGUUUGUAACAAGCAAAGCAGUACUUGAAAGAACCGAAUUCUAUUACUGAAUUGUGCAAUUUCCUCUUCAAUUUUGCUCAAUAUUCUUACUAAUUUGAGUAGAGUUUCUGCGCCGAUGGACUUCGAGAAGAUAAAAGUCGACAAUCCCAUCGUAGAGAUGGAUGGUUAGACUGGAAGUGAUUAGCGGAAACAGAGUAUGAUGUAGCAGGUGAUGAAAUGACUCGAGUGAUCUGGAAAUCGAUCAAAGAAAAGCUUAUUCUUCCUUUCCUGGAGCUAGACAUCAAGUAUUUUGACCUUGGUCUUCCUCAUCGUGAUGCCACGAAUGAUAAGGUUACAGUUGAAAGUGCAGAGGCCACACUUAAGUACAAUGUGGCAAUUAAAUGUGCAACCAUUACUCCAGAUGAGGCACGUGUUAAAGAGUUCAACUUGAGACAUAUGUGGAAGAGUCCAAAUGGAACCAUUCGAAACAUCCUAAAUGGAACAGUAUUUAGAGAACCUAUCAUAUGCAAGAAUGUUCCUCGGCUUGUUCCAGGUUGGACAAAACCAAUAUGCAUUGGGAGACAUGCUUUUGGUGAUCAAUAUCGAGCUACCGAUCUAGUCAUUCAAGGACCUGGAAAACUUAAAAUGGUGUUUGUGCCCACUAUGGCUGAAGAGAGCACAGAGCUGGAGGUGUUCAACUUUACGGGGUCUGGUGGUGUAGCUCUGUCAAUGUAUAACACUGAUGAGUCUAUUCGUGCUUUUGCGGAGGCUUCAAUGAACACUGCUUACCAGAAGCGGUGGCCUCUUUAUCUUAGCACCAAAAAUACCAUUCUAAAGAAGUAUGAUGGAAGAUUCAUGGAGAUCUUCCAAGAAGUUUAUGAAAGAGAAUGGAGGUCCAAGUUCGAGGCUGCUGGGAUCUGGUAUGAGCAUCGUCUUAUAGAUGAUAUGGUUGCUUAUGCCCUAAAGAGCGAAGGAGGUUAUGUUUGGGCGUGCAAAAAUUAUGAUGGGGAUGUUCAAAGUGAUUUUUUAGCCCAAGGAUUCGGAUCGCUAGGUUUGAUGACAUCAGUACUAGUAUGCCCUGAUGGAAAGACAAUUGAGGCAGAGGCAGCACACGGCACAGUUACACGCCAUUAUCGUGUUCAUCAAAAAGGAGGUGAAACUAGCACAAAUAGCAUAGCUUCAAUCUUUGCCUGGUCACGGGGGCUUGCGCACAGGGCAAAAUUAGACAACAAUUCCAGACUCUUGGAUUUCACAGAGAAACUUGAGGCUGCCUGCAUUGCAAGUGUAGAGUCUGGAAAGAUGACCAAGGAUCUUGCUCUUCUUAUUCACGGACCUAAGGUGUCGAGGGAUCAGUAUUUGAAUACUGAAGAGUUCAUUGACGCGGUUGCUGAGGAAUUGAGAGGUAGACUGCCGAAGAAGGCAAAGCUAUGAUCACCUCAUUGGAAUCUGGCAUGGGAAGAGUAUCUGAACUCGAUGUUUCUUAUCCCUAUCUAUGUAUAAUGUGAAGCUAAUGUCUGUAGCAGUCCUUCCACCAUCAAUAAAGACAAUGAAGGUGUGAUUCCAUCACGGGAUUUUCACACAUGUGUUAUAUGUGAUUGUAGAAUCAAGAAUGGCUCCAAUAGUAGCAAGCAGUAGUUCCUGUUGCAGUGAAUGCUGUAAACCACUGCUGAGACGCAUUCUGACAUAACCCAUCCCCAGAUAAAGAAACGCAUUCUUACAUUGCUUCAGUGAUACUUGUCAUAGUGCUAAGUGCAAAGCGAUGGAUUUGUUUGCUUC